AUGCCACUGCUCCCGCAGUCCCUGCUCUCACAGACAGAGGAAGCAGAGCACUUUGAUGGGCUGUCUUUGCUAUACUGGACCAUAAUGGGACCCCAUGGCAUCAAUCGUGCAGUACAAAGAAUGGAGUUCUCAGACUGCCGGAAAGGACUGGGUGUAAAAAUCAUUGGAGGCUACAGGGAGUUCACAGGUGAAGAGUAUGGAAUAUACAUUAAAAGGGUGUUGCCCGGUGGAGUGGCUGCUCUGGACGGGAGACUGAAAUCAGGUGACCUUCUUUUGGAUGUCAACAACAUGAGUUUAGGAGGAGUUACCAAUGAAAGGGCGGUCGAGAUCCUUCGUAUGGCGUCUGCCUCCAAUCACAUGUCCCUACUAAUUGUACGGGAUGACGAGUCCAGGAAAGAAUUUUUAGAGCUGAUGGAAAAAUAUGGCUCCAACAGCAGCACAAGCCCAGGACGAACCUCUCCUACACUGCUCUCCACAGGAAAGCUGACAGACACAGCAUCAUCGUCAUCAUCUUCACGGUCCACCAGCCCACAGCUCCUGAGCCCUAAGGAAACUGGAACAGGUUACACAGGCAGCUGCACCACACCAGCAACAGCAGCCCAACCCAUUAAUGACAACACCAUUCAGUUGAUAUGUGUUGCCAAGGGAACAGGCCUAGGCCUGGUCAUCAAGGGCGGAGCUAACCGAGCUGAGGGGCCUAUGGUGUUCAUUCAGGAAAUCGUGCCGGGGGGAGACUGCCAGAAGGAUGGUCGACUGAAGGCAGGGGACCAGCUCAUAUCUGUCAAUAAAGAAUCGUUGAUUGGAGUUACCUAUGAGGAGGCAAGGAGUAUACUAACACGGACAAAGCUAAGGCCAGACCCAACAGUAGAAAUUGCCUUCAUUCGCCGGAGAUCUUCCUCCGGUUCGAGCAGUGGGCCUCAGAGCCCCAUCUCCUUGCAGCCAGCGCUAAACGGGAAUGGGCAGCUGCUGAGGCCAACAGGGCUGAGCCUUCUGUCUCCCCCUGCCACCUUGGUUCCAAAGAUGUCCUCUACCCUCAAUACUGGAAGUGAGACCCUGCCUUCAGUCAAACUAAGUCAAAUCCGAGUGGUCCCUGUGAGAACUGAGCAGCCUCCUGUCGCCUCCUCUGAGAGUGCCAGCGCUCCUGACCCCAGUGCUGAUCCUGUUUCUGCCAGUCAGACAGCAAACAGUUCGUCCACACAGCGGAAAGUUUCUCUCAGCUCCAGCAGCCGUCUAAAGCUGGAAAAGUUGGAGCAGGCCCUGGCAUACCUGGGAAUAACACCAACAGAGGCACAGAGGAACACACUGAGAGAGAGGCUGCGCACAGAUCCAGCUGGUACAGUGGCCUACGGAGACUUUGAGGCCGUUACUCGAGAGCUCUUCAAGUUGCAGAUCAACGAGUCUGGACUUGAUCAAGGGGUAACAAGGUUUGCAUCAGAUGAUCUCACAAACCUUUUGGAACCAACGCAUGUGCGGGUUUCUACAUCAGACUCUGACGACCUUGAAGAAAUGGAGAGACUAAGAAAAGACCACAUUGAAGCUUUGAGAGAAAUAAAGAAGCUUCAGGAUCAGCUGGCUGAGUCAGAAAGCCUCCAUCGUCAAAUGCAAGAGGAGCUGGUGAAAGUUAAGCAGGAAGCAAAAGCUGCAGCGGAGCAGAGCAAGGCUCUACGGACCCGGAUCCACCUGGCAGAGGCAGCUCAGAAGCAGGCCCGUGGCAUGGAGAUGGAUUACGAAGAGGUCAUCCACCUGCUGGAGGCAGAGAUAGCUGACAUGAAGUCUCAACUGGUCGACCAGCCCCCCCACACCACGGAAGACGCACAGGACCUUAAGAAAAGAAUUGCCGUACUGGAGUGUCAGCUACGCAAAUCUGAGAGUGCAAAGAAAGGUUUUGAGGUAUCCACAGGGAAACUGCUGCAGUUCGUGGAGAUCGUACAAGACUUCCUCAGUGAAAACCAAGCUUCUCUGAGAAAUUAUAGUUCUACCAGCGACCCAAAGACCGGGUCCUCCCAGGCCUUGGCUGCGCGCUUUGGGAGGAAAACUCCUUGGACUGCUUCAUCGCUUGCUGUGGAAGCCAAAGAACUCACCCGGUCUGUUAGAGCCAUUCUUGAAGUGGACUGUUUGCCAUACGGAUGGGAAGAGGCCUACACUGCAGAUGGGACAAAGUACUUUAUCAACCAUGUGACCCAGACUACAUCAUGGGUCCACCCAGUGACCAGCUCUCUCAGCCUGACAGAGGGGGUAGGAGAUGACCAGGUCAGAGACCCACCGGAGCACAGGAGCUAA